AUGGCUUCCAACCCCCCCGGAGCCUGCUGCUACAAAGGCGUCAGGCACGAAGGCACUCCUACCGGCGAGUUCUCUCGAUUGGGUGAUUUUGAGAUCUACACAAAGUAUCCUGAGAACAAGAGCACCGAACUUGGCAUCCUUAUCAUCACUGAUGUGAUCGGUCACCGCUUCAAUAAUGCCCAAUUGAUCGCAGACCAACUGGCCGCCAAUGGCUACUUCGUCAUGAUGCCCGAUCUAUUCGACGGAGAUCCGAUUCCCCUCAACCGUCCUGGCGAUUUCGAUAUUAUGAAAUGGAUGAAGGGUGGAUAUCACCCCAAGAACACUGCUCAUUUGCCGCCCAACGUCGACCCUAUCAUCGACGCAUGCCUUAUCGAAAUGAGGACGAAGUACGGAUGCAAGAAAAUUGGCGGUGUGGGCUAUUGCUUCGGUGCGAAAUAUGUUAUUCGACACCUCCGCCCCGACGCUGGGAAAAUCGACGUCGGCUAUACCGCCCACCCGUCAUUCGUCGAAGCCGAUGAGCUCCGCGACAUCAAAGGUCCUCUCGCCAUUGCCGCCGCGGAGACCGAUCAGAUUUUUCCGACCGAGAAACGUCACGAGAGUGAGGUCAUCCUCAAGGAAACGGGUUUGCCAUACCAGAUCAACCUGUACAGCGGCGUGGUACAUGGCUUCGCCGUAAGAGGGGAUUUGAACAAGAGAGCCGAUGUCUACGCCAAGGAGAAUGCUUUUGUGUUUGCGAUCCAGUGGUUUGAGGAGCAUUUGAAGGAUGGAAAGUAA